AUGUUCAACAACAACUGGACCGGCUUCCUCUCGUUCUUCGUUUUCUUGCUUCUUGCUGUCCCAUCAGAUGCUUUUCCUAAGAGAAAAGGCAAUGGCAAUAAUGCAGCAACCGGAAAUACAGGAGCUGCAAAAGGCAAUGGCGCUGCAAAAGGGGCCGCAGCAGGAGCAGCUACUGGUGCCGCUGCCGCGGGAGGAAUAUCUCUCGCUACGGAUGGAUCUACAAUUCUUGACAAGACGGUCACUAUAAAUGGUCUGGAGAUCCGAUACAAGAUUAGUGCACCAGCUGAUCAGUUCACGGCGGAAUCUGGCGUCACUGGAGCUGCGGCAACGGCCGGUGCUAACGGUACUGCUGGGCUGAACGUCCUUUUACAUGGCGAUGGCGGUCAAUCAUUCUUCGAUUUCCCAAAUCAGGACGUUCAGAACAAUCUUAUGGGAGUUGUUGUCUUGGCUCCAGAUCCAAACCUAUUCUGGGGUGGUGGCUCCGGACUUGAUAGAACAGAUGGAGUUGCACAUUCAGCUGCUGUCAAUACCUUGAUUCAACAGCAGCUUUCUCAGGAUGUUGCUUUUGACCCAGCCAAUGUCUUCUUUACCGGAGUAUCGGGUGGCUCUCUUAUGCUUUCCGGAUUUUUCGUGCCUGCGUUCGGUGCUCAGUAUCAGACAGGUGUUGAGCUCAACUGCGGAGCCUUGUCACCACAAGUUCCCGUAGUCGAUGCUGCAACAAUGAUUGCGAAUACCAAGAUCCAUUUCCAGUCUACCCAAGACGAACUUGCGCUCCUCCAGGAUGCGAUUCCACAGGCUGUCGCAGCAUACGAAAAAUUGGCCACGGGUGCAGGACUUGAUGCUGCUACCAUUGGUACGUUACAGACUGUCGAUAACACACCUAAUGGAGGAGGACACUGCGGAUUCGAUGGCAAGGGUUUCGUCUCAGGUGUUCAGUUAAUGGCAACCAACUAUGCAAAUGUUAUGGGUGACAAUGCCAGUGGCGACAUUGCCGGUAUCGGAAAUGUGUUGACUAGCGUGGUUGGAAACGAGAAUGUUCAAUUCUCAAGUGCAACCUAA